UCCUUUCAAAGGAUUGUGUGAAUUUCUGGGUGAACUGUAGUAAGUUCAGUUAAUACUACAGUAGGAUAUUAAAAUAAUCGACUUUGUAAUAACGAUUAGAACACUAUUGAAUGAUGAUCUAAAUGGUUGUAGUUUGACUAAUGUGUGUGUUUGAACAGGAAGUUGAUGUUAUUCUGCGAUCUGAUUGGAUGGGUCUCACACUGUGCUGCUUGCUGAAGGACGGCGGUCCUAAAAAACACUAUAAAUCCCAAUCAGCAUUCGGUCCGUUUUCUGUAGCCCCGCCCAUUCGCCUAGCGGUGCUGUUAGACACGCCCCCCGUCGCCCCAGGAAACCCGCGGUCACAGUGGAGCCACACCUACCUGUCGCCCAAUCUGAAGGUGUGUCCGUCGGGGGGGCGUGUCUCUCGUGCCCGAGUGGAGCAGAGCAGCGAUGCGGUCCGUGGUGCGGUCGGCACGGCGACGGGGCUCCAUAUAUGGGAGGUGAUGUGGGAGGAGCAACAGAGAGGAAGCCAUGCCGUACUGGGUGUGUCCACGCACAAAUGCACCCUUCAGUCCUCGGGCUACACGGUGUUAAUAGGAGGAGACUCAGGUUCCUGGGGCUGGGAGCUCUCGACCAAUCAGCUCUGGCAUGACGGGAGGGCAGGGAGGCGGUACCCUGGGGGCGGAGCCAGGGUCUUAAGUGUUCCAGAUCGUGUGCUAUUGGUGGUGGACGCAGACGCAGGGACGCUGGGUUACGUGGUGGACGACUGCUAUCUGGGCGUCGCCUUCCAGGACCUCCCCAAAGGGGCGGAGCUUUUCCCUGCAGUGAGCUGUGUUUGGGGCGGAGCUCAAAUCUGCAUACGCUACCUGUGUGGCAUGACACGAGACGCACCUGCUCUGGAGGCUCUGAGCCGUCUGUGUGUGCGAGGGGUCCUCGGGGGGGCCGGGCCCCGGGGCCUGAUGCUGUCGGUCCCGUCUGCUCUCCAGCGCCUCCUGCUGGACACACACUGACACUGCACACACCUUCAUCUCCUCUAGUUCACUGACCCUGGUCACAACAGAAUGGUCUGAACAUCUAUAUUCUCUGACUCCCUUUCCUUCUGUUGCUUUUCUUUUCCUCUCUCUAUUUAUAGAGAUGUAUAGUGAAUAUUAUGUUAAUAUUUGUACACACACAAAUGCAUAAAUUUAUAACUGAGGAAGUCAAUUUUUUUAUCAUAUAUAUUUAUUCACACAUAAUGUAUAUUUUAACAUAUAAAAUGAUAUCUUCUUCCACCUUUUUACAUUUAGUCAUUUGGCAGAUGCCACUGUUAUCUUCCUGUUAUCUCUGUCAUGCUGCUUCCAAAUAAUGUAUUGUAUAAAAGCUCUAUUUUAAUAAAUAUGACUUGACUUGAAAGUAAUAUCACAUCAAAAUAACAUCUUUCAUUAUGAAGAAUAUCAUCAUAUGAGACUG